GUGAAACCAGGGGGCUGGGCCGCUCGCUGCUUGCAAUGCCAGCUGGCUGCCUUCUGCUCCGGCUGCGCCGCCCGUCGUCAUGUCCCGCGAGGAGGAGAGGAGCGGCAGCGGCAGCCUCAAGCGGCACCGGAGCCACAGCGACUCCUCACCGGGCGGCAGCAGUGGCAGCAAAGGGCGCAAGGAGCAGAAGCGGAAGAAGCGCGAAGAACAGCAGAUCCAGCAGAUCCAGCACUUGGAGUCCUUUUACGAGAAACUUCCUCCAGGGCUAAUUAAGGAAAACGAGACAAAGCCAGAGGAUUGCAUACCCGAUGUGCCUGGAAAUGAAAACGCACGAGAAUUCCUCGCACAUGCGCCAACCAAGGGGCUCUGGAUGCCUCUGGGGAAGGAGGUCAAAGUUAUGCAGUGCUGGAGAUGUAAACGUUAUGGACACCGAACAGGAGAUAAAGAAUGUCCUUUCUUCAUUAAAGGCAACCAGAAGCUUGAACAAUUCAGAGUAGCACAUGAAGACCCCAUGUAUGAUAUAAUAAGGGAAAAUAAGCAUCAUGAGAAAGAAAUGCGGAUACAACAGCUGAAGCAGCUGCUCGAAGACUCCAGUUCGGAUGAAGAUGGCAGCAGUCGGAGCUCCACUUCUUCAGAGGGUAAGGAAAAGCGCAAGAAAAAGAAAAAGAAGAAAGAGAAGAAAAAGAAGAAGAAGAGAAAGCACAAAUCUUCCAAGUCGGACAGGAAGUCAGAAUCGGACUGAGGAGAUGUUGCCUCUGUGGCAAGCUUUGAGAAGUGUUGGGAAGCAUCCAAAGAGCUCUGAGAUUGUUUUGGUACGAUCUACAGAUACGUUUACAUACUUUUUGGCAAUAUCUUGCCAGUUGCCUGAUCAACAGGCUCUCCUGCUAUAUCUUUGCGUUGCAUUUCUCACCCACUUAAGAUUUAAAAACCAGUUUGAUGGUUUGGUACAAGAGCUGCUGUGAAAGAGAAUUGCCUCCAGUAUGCGUAUGCUGUUUUCUCCUGUGAGUUUCCUUGUUAGGAAGUGUUGGCCUACAGAUCCCUAUAUAUCCUUUUAUCCUCCUAAGAGGCUAAGAGCAGUUUGGCAGCGAAAUGUGUUAAUCUGGUGUACAGAUGGGAAGUGGGAGAGGAAUUGCCAAUAGGGAUGCUUUGCAAACUGCCGCUACUGUGUACGCGCAAGAUCUCUCUGGGUUGUCCCUUGGGAGAGUCGGCAUUUGCACAGUUGCUGUAUUGUCACAAAAGUGAAAUCUCUGCUCUGUGGCAUAGGGCAAGCUAAGUAGGGCUACUUCUGGCCAACUGGACUUAUGCUUUCUGAAGUGAAGUCCAGAAGCAGCCGGAACAAAAGUGAGACUUUGGGUGGAUUUCAUGCCACAGUACCUUUGAAUGAAAAGAGUGCUUUUUCCGCACAAGAUACUAAUGACUUCUAUCAUUAGACACUGUUAUCCCGCUGUUCUGCUAGGAAUCUCAGGGCUGCAUAUAUGGUUCUCCCCACCUCCAUUUUAUCCGCACACAUGAAGUAAGUUAGGCUGAGAGAAUAGCUAGCUAGAAUACCAAAUACAACAUGGAAUUUAUACAUUUUGAAUGCCAUUUCUGUAAACAAUUGCCGAGUUCAAGAUCAUGUCCAGUGAGUCGACUAGCUUUUAUAGCAACGUUGAAUAUCUAGAAUGCGAUUUUGCCUGCAUUGGCUAACCCUUCACAGCAUAUUUAGUAUAAUCUUUUAAAAUUAUUAUUAUUAUUAGUUUUAAUAUCCUGCUCCUCCCCUUUCAAGCUUGGGGCGGCGUCCAACAAUUUCAAAACAAUACAGGACUCAAAUGACUGAAGCCAACACCAGGCAAAAGAUGGCCGGUUCCCAGCAUAAUUUGUAAUGCUGGGAUUUGCGCCUUUUCCCUAGCGAAUGUCUUGAUGCGACAUCACCCCAUGGGUCAGUAAUGACCUGGUGCUUGUACAGGAAACUAACUUUGCCUUCUAAUAAGGUUUUGAAGUUUCAAGUCCUCAUUUUGCUUGUUGCACACAAGGAAACUCAGCUACUUAUCUCCUUUGGCAGGGAUCACUUGAACUCUAAACUCACCUGUGUAAAGGUGCUUCAAUGGCAUCCCUUGUUCAGGCUAAUUCAAGUUAUACAUUUAGAUAACAUUCAGUCACAUGAGGCAGCUUUAGCCAGGAAAUAUUACUAUCGUUGUGAUAUUGACCAUCACAUAAUGAGAACAACUUUGACAAGAUAGCUGCCUAAUAUGACUGAUCAUUAAAGCCAUGGUGUCUGAUAAGGGAAGAGCUUCUUCCCUUAAUAGCAAGAGUACUAUAUUUAAUGGGUAAUCUUCCUACCAGUGUAAUCUGUAGGGGAAAAGCUCACAGUUAAAUUUAGGUAGCAAGGCGCACUGUUAAUUUUGCUCAGUCGGCUGGGCGAAAUUGAAAGAUGGAAGGGGCUAUUGUGGGCAUGGAGUGUGUGUUUAGUUAAACUUCCAUUUAAGUUUUGUUUGAACACACGUUCUAUUUAGAUGUUGGAUACUAAACUGGGAUUCUUAAACUAUAGCUUGGAUCUGGGUUAAUUACUGUUUAUCGUGAGGUCUGAAUACAGACACACAAAUACUCUUCCUCUUAGGCCAUGCUGGCAGGGGUUGAUGGGAAUUGUAGUUCAUGAAUAUCUGGAGAGCCGCAGGUUGCAGACCCCUGAACUAGACAAUCUUGCUGCUACAGCAGCAUUCGCUGUCCAGCCGUUCUUUAAGACUGCUCCCCCUCUCAACAUCCUCACACACGCUAGGGAGGAGGCAUGAGCAGGAAUAUGCUGGAGUCUUCAAAGGAAAUAUCAAGAAGCAACGACUUAGAAACCAACUCAACUCCCUAAUAAAGUUGUGUUAUUGGAAUGUUAUAGGUUGGGCCAAUAUAUUUAAUAUAUUGGGAGUUUCUGCCCCUAUUCAGUAUUCUACUGCUGCAAGAAACCUGGUCUACUGAGGAUAUUUUUCUCCCUGGCUAUGUUUCUUUUUGCUCUCCAACAAUCAAGAGAGGUCAAAAAGGAAGAGUCAGUGCCAGUUUGACCUGUUUGCGUUCUUCUUCUCUAACGGUAAAGAUGUCUCUGGCCAUGGCAAUGAAAAUCCAGGGGGCAAAGAAAUAUAUAACAAUCACAGUAUUUAUUCCACCAGCCCCCAGUAUAAUCCAACUAAAUCAAAACUGGAGGGCCCUGGAAAACAUUUUUGGAAUGAAUUCCCUAAUACCAAUAUAAUUAUUGCUCGUGAUUUUAAGUAAGAGCGGGAGGAGCUGAAGAAAUGGACUGGAUUAAUAAUGAAAGAAGCAUCAAAACUAACAGAAGGGCCUGGGGGAGAAGUAACAGCAUUGCACAGUUAGGAAGUUCAGCAAUUCAGUGAAACAGUGUGGUGGAAAGAGAGACCAGCGACCAUUGGCAAAGAGGUGGCAUGGCUUGCUGUGCCCACUUGUUGCAGCAAACCAAACUGCAAGCAAGCAUGUAUGGAAGGAGACUUCGCCCUCAGCUAGUGGCGUAGCGCCCAUGGGACAUGGGGGCAUCUUGCACCAGUUGCACCUGGGGGCGGGAUGUGGGCAUGGGCAUUCCGGGGCAGGCGUGGCAGGGGCACAGGGCACACACGUGCCCCGGGAGCAGGCCAACAGGACAUGGGAGCUUCAAAAAGCAUCCAGAGCUCCUUAGAGAUGGGAAAUGAGGCAACAUGUACUAGCUGGGGUUUACAAAUUGUCACCAGUUAUAGAUGCCAACCAGGGGUCAUGCAAUCAUGUUCAAACAAUAUAUUAAAAUAUCUGAAUGUAGUCAUUUAUUUCUGCCCUUUAAGACUACCAUUCCGUUUAAUAUAUGCGUUAGUAACAUCAAUGUGAGGUUUCAAUAAUUACAAGUCAUAUUUGUGCAAUUUUGAAGUUUAAUAGCAUUUUAAACACCACAAUAAACACCCUUAAUUUCA